AUGUCCCGGCCUCUGUCAGACCAGGAGAAGAGAAAGCAAAUCAGUGUUCGUGGCCUGGCUGGCGUGGAGAAUGUGACUGAUCUGAAAAAGAACUUCAAUCGGCACCUCCACUUCACACUGGUCAAGGACCGCAACGUGGCCACUCCUCGAGACUACUACUUUGCGCUGGCCCACACUGUGCGCGAUCACCUCGUGGGGCGCUGGAUCCGCACACAGCAGUACUACUACGAGAAGGACCCCAAGAGGAUCUACUACCUGUCUUUGGAGUUCUACAUGGGACGGACGCUACAGAACACCAUGGUGAAUCUGGCCUUGGAGAAUGCCUGCGAUGAGGCCACCUACCAGCUGGGCCUGGACAUGGAGGAGCUGGAGGAAAUCGAGGAGGAUGCAGGGCUGGGCAAUGGAGGCCUGGGCCGGCUGGCAGCCUGCUUUCUGGACUCCAUGGCAACACUAGGCCUGGCUGCCUAUGGCUACGGGAUCCGCUAUGAGUUUGGGAUUUUUAAUCAGAAGAUCAGUGGGGGCUGGCAGAUGGAGGAGGCUGAUGACUGGCUUCGCUAUGGCAACCCCUGGGAGAAGGCCCGUCCUGAGUUCACGCUGCCCGUGCACUUCUAUGGCCGUGUGGAGCACACUAGCCAGGGGGCCAAGUGGGUGGAUACCCAGGUGGUAUUGGCCAUGCCUUAUGACACACCUGUGCCUGGCUACCGAAACAAUGUUGUCAACACCAUGCGCCUCUGGUCUGCCAAAGCACCCAACGACUUCAACCUCAAAGACUUCAAUGUUGGUGGCUACAUCCAGGCUGUGCUGGACCGAAAUCUGGCCGAGAACAUCUCUCGUGUCCUGUACCCCAACGAUAACUUCUUUGAGGGGAAGGAGCUGCGGCUGAAGCAAGAGUACUUCGUAGUAGCCGCCACCCUCCAGGACAUCAUCCGGCGGUUUAAGUCCUCCAAGUUUGGCUGCCGUGAUCCUGUGCGCACAAACUUCGACGCCUUCCCAGAUAAGGUGGCCAUCCAGCUCAAUGACACUCACCCAUCCUUGGCUAUCCCUGAGCUGAUGAGGAUUCUUGUUGAUCUGGAGCAUUUGGACUGGGAUAAGGCCUGGGACAUAACUGUCAAGACCUGUGCCUACACCAACCAUACAGUGCUGCCCGAGGCCCUGGAGCGCUGGCCUGUGCACCUUGUGGAGACACUGCUGCCCCGGCACCUGCAGAUCAUCUAUGAGAUCAACCAGCGCUUCCUGAACCGGGUGGCAGCUACGUUCCCUGGAGACAUGGACCGUCUGCGGCGGAUGUCACUGGUAGAGGAAGGUGCGGUGAAGCGUAUCAACAUGGCGCACCUGUGCAUUGCCGGCUCGCAUGCAGUCAAUGGCGUGGCUCGCAUUCACUCUGAAAUCCUUAAGAAGACCAUCUUUAAGGACUUCUAUGAGCUGGAGCCUCAUAAAUUCCAGAAUAAGACCAAUGGCAUCACCCCUCGGCGCUGGCUGGUUCUGUGUAAUCCUGGGCUGGCAGAGGUUAUUGCUGAGCGCAUCGGGGAGGAGUACAUCUCAGACCUGGACCAGCUGCGCGAGCUGCUCUCCUACGUGGAUGAUGAGGCCUUUAUCAGGGAUGUGGCCAAAGUGAAGCAGGAAAACAAGCUGAAGUUCUCUGCAUACCUGGAGAGAGAAUACAAAGUCCACAUCAACCCCAACUCACUGUUCGAUGUCCAGGUGAAACGGAUCCAUGAAUACAAACGCCAGCUCCUCAACUGCCUCCACAUCAUCACCCUAUACAACCGCAUCAAGAAGGAGCCUAACAAGUUUGUUGUCCCACGGACUGUGAUGAUUGGAGGCAAGGCCGCUCCCGGCUACCACAUGGCCAAGAUGAUCAUCAGACUCAUCACUGCCAUUGGGGAUGUGGUGAACCACGACCCGGUGGUGGGAGACCGCCUCCGUGUGAUCUUCCUGGAGAACUACCGCGUCUCGCUGGCUGAAAAAGUGAUCCCGGCUGCUGACCUCUCUGAGCAGAUCUCCACGGCGGGCACUGAGGCAUCAGGCACUGGCAACAUGAAGUUCAUGCUCAACGGGGCUCUGACCAUUGGCACCAUGGAUGGGGCCAAUGUAGAGAUGGCAGAAGAGGCAGGAGAGGAGAACUUCUUCAUCUUUGGCAUGCAGGUGGAGGAUGUGGAAAGGCUUGACCAGAGAGGGUAUAAUGCGCAGGAAUACUAUGACCGCAUUCCUGAACUUCGGCAGAUCAUUGAGCAGCUGAGCAGCGGCUUCUUCUCCCCCAAACAGCCAGACUUGUUCAAGGACAUCGUCAACAUGCUCAUGCACCAUGACCGGUUUAAAGUUUUUGCAGAUUAUGAAGAAUACAUUAAAUGCCAGGAGAGAGUCAGUGCUCUGUACAAGAACCCGAGGGAGUGGACUCGGAUGGUCAUCCGGAACAUAGCCACCUCGGGCAAGUUCUCCAGCGACCGCACCAUUGCCCAGUAUGCCCGGGAGAUCUGGGGCGUAGAGCCAUCUCGACAGCGUCUGCCAGCCCCUGAUGAGAAGAUCUGAGCUUCCAGACCAGACCCCAAAUCUGCCCUUGAGUCUGUUUGCAGCCUUCUGGGCCAGCCCCAGCUCCUCAUCCAGAGGCUGGGUGACUGGCGUUAGGUCUCUAA